GGGUUAGUUAACUAAUAGGUGUUUUGGUGCAGUAGGUUUCAGAGUCAUGUGUCUUUGUUUGACUUUAGUCUGACUGCUUUAUCUCUUGUAUUUCUGAUCUCACAGCAGGAACGAUGCGUUUGUUCAUCGCAGCUGUUCUUCUGUGGGCUGUCAUAGCUACAGAGGGAAAAGCAGUCCCUUCCCCUCCAAAUUUUGGGAACAGCUAUCAUGUCAAAGGAGUGAUCUCCCUGCCCUACGCUGAGAUCAAGGAGCCAUUUGAGGCCUGGUUAGACCUAGCGGCAAAGUCCAGCCGAAUAGACUACUACCAUGGCCAGGUGUCUACCUACCAGCUGGGGGCGGAGCAGCAGUGGGGCGUUGCCUAUAAAAUCACUCCUGAGACGACGGAGACGGAGCUGAAUGUGAUGAAGUGUUUCCUGGCCAACGGAACAAAGGAGGAAGCGGUCACAACGCAGGCGUCGCUGCCUGAUGUUCAGGGUUUCCAGUUCCUGAGGAUGGAGUACUAUGGGGGUUCCCUGUGUGAAGUUUGGCAGAAUGUGACCACUGUGGGUUACAAGAAGAACACGUACACACUGUGGGUGUCCCAUUCAGAGAGCGGUGCCAAGGAUGAGCCUGCCACUCCCCUCCAUUACGAGAUGAUGGGAUACAACACACUGCUGGGGUCACAUUAUGACAAAUACUUGGUGGACUACAACGAGUUCAGCACUCACGUGGACCCCAAAGUCUUCUCGCUGCCUGAAGGGAUGAGCUGUGGAGGAUUUCCUGGUCCAGGAGUGGAGCACCACAUGUUGGCCAAUCCAAUGAAAGAUCUCAUCCACACCUCAGCAUCGGGCCACUCGCAGCGCAUGUUCAACCAUUUCAAGGAUAAGUUCCAGCGCCAGUACAGCGAUGAAAGAGAGCAUGAGAAAAGGGGGCACGCUUUUGUUCAUAACCUCCGGUAUGUCCACUCAAAGAACAGAGCAGGGCUGCCCUUCUCUCUGGCUCUGAACUCUCUGUCAGAUCGCACCAUGUCGGAGCUGGCCACCAUGAGGGGAAGGAAACGAGGAAAGACCCCAAACAGAGGGCUCCCCUUCCCCUCAGAGGUUUACGAAGGGGUGGAAGUGCCUGAUUCAAUUGACUGGAGGCUUUACGGUGCUGUGACCCCAGUAAAGGACCAGGCCAUCUGUGGCUCCUGCUGGAGCUUUGCCACCACUGGAACAAUAGAGGGCGCUCUCUUCCUAAAGACGGGCUCCCUGCAGGUUCUGUCUCAGCAGAUGCUGGUGGACUGUUCCUGGGGUUUCGGCAACAACGGCUGCGACGGCGGCGAGGAGUGGAGAGGAUACGAGUGGAUCAUGAAACAUGGAGGCAUCGCCACAACAGAAACUUACGGAGCCUAUAUGGGAAUGAAUGGAUUUUGCCACAUGAACACAUCCGAGCUCACUGCACACAUCAAGAGCUACACCAACGUCACAUCAGGAGACGCAGAAGCCCUUAAGCUGGCGCUCUUUAAAAACGGGCCGGCGGCCGUCAGUAUCGAUGCGUCACAUCGAUCGUUUGUGUUCUACAGCCACGGUGUCUACUACGAACCGGCUUGUGGUAACACCACCGAUGAUUUGGACCAUGCUGUGCUUGCUGUGGGAUUUGGCACCCUGUCUGGGGAGCCAUACUGGUUGGUGAAGAACUCAUGGUCCACCUACUGGGGCAACGACGGCUACAUCCUCAUGUCUAUGAAGGAUAAUAACUGUGGCGUCUCCACUGAUGCUACAUAUGUUACACUGGCCUAGAUUUCCUCUAAAUUUAUGUUAAUGCCACUAUGUGAGUGCCUGAGGAUGAAUGACACCUAAUGUUGGAUGCGUUGAGGUCUCGUUGUCACAUCAAAUUGAGCUGCUUGGUGAAAAUAAUGUGUUUAAUGUUGCUGUUGAAUGGUGUCAGAGUGAAUUAAGAUGCUGCACAACUCGCACACUUUUUGGUUUUGACAGGUUUAUUGCUGGUGGCACAAAGCUACGGUGCCUUCUUUUCAGUUGUACAAAGUACAUUUUGAGACAUAUUUCCACUUUUUGUUCUUGUGCUUUAUAAUGUGUUGCAUUCAAAUGCACUAGGAUGGAAUCAAUGCAAUAAAAGAAAUGGAAAGUUUUCUA